AUGGAGAAGCAGCAGGGCCAGGCAGUGACCCACGAGGCUCAGCGCAUUGCCAGUACUGUCCCUCUCAGUGUGUUUCAUAGCACCAACAGAGACACUGAGGUGAUGGGCUACAGUAUCCCAAAGGGCACUCUUAUCAUUACAAACCUCACGUCUGUGCUGUACGAAGAGGGACAGUGGAAGUUCCCCCAUGAGUUCAACUCCUUAAACUUCCUGAACGAGCAGGGAGAGUUUGAGAAGCCUGAGGCCUUCAUGCCGUUCUCUGCAGGGCCACAAAUGUAUCUUGGAGGACUCGCUCGCAUGGAGCUCUUCCUCAUCACGGUUACUCUACUGUGAUGGUUCAAGUUGGUCUGGCCUGAGGACGCAGGGGUACCUGACUAUACCCCUGUGUUUGGUAUUACUCUGUCCCCCAAACCCUACAGACUUGAUGUAAGGAACUAGUUAGGAGCAGUGGCAUGUUUUCAUGGAUGCCAAGGGAAGCCAGGCUUCCCCAAAUAUUUGACCAAUAUAAAAAUGAUAAAAUAAUGUACACUGCUCAAAAAAAUAAAGGGAACACUAAAAUAACACAUCCUAGAUCUGAAUGAAUGAAAUAUUCUUAUUAAAUACUUUCUUCUUUACAUAGUUGAAUGUGCUGACAACAAAAUCACACAAAAAUUAUCAAUUAAAUCAAAUUUAUCAACCCAUGGAGGUCUGGAUUUGGAGUCACACUCAAAAUUAAAGUGGAAAACCACACUACAGGCUGAUCCAACUUUGAUGUAAUGUCCUUAAAACAAGUCAAAAUGAGGCUCAGUAGUGUGUGUGGCCUCCACGUGCCUGUAUGACCUCCCUACAACGCCUGGGCAUGCUCCUGAUGAGGUGGUGGAUGGUCUCCUGAGGGAUCUCCUCCCAGACCUUGACUAAAGCAUCCGCCAACUCCUGGACAGUCUGUGGUGCAACGUGGCGUUGGUGGAUGGAGCGAGACAUGAUGUCCCAGAUGUGCUCAAUUGGAUUCAGGUCUGGGGAACGGGCGGGCCAGUCCAUAGCAUCAAUGCCUUCCUCUUGCAGGAACUGCUGACACACUCCAGCCACAUGAGGU